UGAAUAUCCGCUUUAUUUUUGCAUAUGCGAUAUCAUGAAUAUGGAAAGAUGUGCAAGCUACGUCAUCUCAACCUUAUUCGCCAUUCAUCAUCGAGCCUGAUUUCUCUCUCUCCUCCCGGCUCUUUUCCUCCCAUUCGCGAUUAAACACCUUCUCAAGCAACAUGAGCACGACGAUCCCAUCCCCCAUUAUGGAUGCUUCUCAAGCCCAUUCCCAAGACUGCCGCGCCUCCCCGUUUCUUUUAUUGCCGUAUCAUAUCCGCCAUGAGAUCUACAUGUUUGUUCUCGAGUAUCCGGACUUUCGCCCGAUAUUUGCACGUAUGGAAUAUGACUGUGCGCGAGGGGAAGGGGAACACGACAGGAGGAGGCUGCCAAAGUGUGUCUUACCAACGCCUCACGUCCCGGCGCGGCUCAAAGUCACGCCCGGGAUCUUUCUGUGUAAUCGACAAAUCGCCAUGGAAGCGCGAGAAGCCAUGAACUUCAAAGUAUUUACUCUGCGGAGACCACCGCCUUAUACGAUCACAUUGGGGAGGCCCAUGGACAUCACCGAGUUUAUCAGCCAAGACACGUUGAAGAAUAUGCGGCGGGUCGAGUUGGUAAUGAAUCUGUUUGACGAUGCCAGGGGAUGGUGCAAGACGGUAGAGAUCCUUUUGGACGUCUGGAGCACAGCAAACCACCUGAAGAAGAUCGAUAUAAGUCUAGAGCAGCCGGAGGAACUGCCCUCUGGCACAUUGUGGCACGAGAGAUCUGCCAGACACGUAAUCAAAAUGCUAUCCAUGAUUCAGAGUUUUGCUAGAGAGUGUGGCAUUGAAUUGACCGGAACACCACUCCCAGCACUUAACGUGAAGAAAGCAAAUGUAGAUUUGUAGAACAAACACUAUACAAAACUCGUCCCACCAUAUAGAAGCGCCGCUAUUUGGAAGCUGAACACGAGCAUCUGCACUCGAUGCACCGGUAUCUUUUGGCGAAGCCAUUUCUUGGGGCGCAAUCAUGUCAUAAUAACAACCAACUCUACCCUUGCCCAUUUCAGCUUUCUGUACAAUCUGUCCCACUUUGGACAUCUUUGUCAAGGAUAUAUAGAAUCAAGAUGGCAUAGAACGAUAAAAGCCAAAAAGUCAAAGUCAUAUUUCUAGGAGCACGUAGUCGUCUAUCGUCUAAUAAAGUCACCGAAUAAUAUUCUUCUCUCCCC